UCUUCUUUCUUUUGCUUCCCACUUUCCCACCUUCCUUUUCUUAUAUAAAUCAUUCCCCGGAGUCCUAUGUUUCCCACAAACUCACUCACAUUUUCUCAACUUCCUCCGCCUUCCUCCGCCGCCAUCACAGCCGUCUGCUUUACAAAACUUCAAGAGGAGAAAAAAGGUAGGAGACGAUGAGCAGAAGAAGCAGUGGAAGUGUUCCUAAGCUUGAGUUGAAGCUGAACCUGUCGCCACCACGACCACAUCCGUUGGCGUCAUCGCCGAGCCGAUCAGCGACGGUGUCGCCCACAUCGCCACCGAGCUCUUGCGUGUCGUCGGAGCUAAACCAAGACGACGGUGGUGCUUCUCUCCGAUAUUCAAGUAGCCCGGAAGCCACAUCAAUGGUGCUGGUUGGAUGCCCUAGGUGCCUAAUGUACGUGAUGCUGUCGGAGAAUGAACCCAAGUGCCCAAAAUGCAAGAGCUCUGUUUUGCUUGAUUUUCUCCAUGACGGCGCCGCCUCAGCUCCGCCGUCCAGGGCCGCCGCCCGGAAGAUCUAGAGACAGAGAAAAAUAAAAUUACCAAAUCAAAACUAUCUUCAACUUCCAUUUGCCUGUUAAAUGUUUUUUUUAUAAUUAUUUUCUUUUUUUUUUUUAGAUGUGAAAUUGAAAAGAAAAAUGUCUAGGUUUUGUUGGGAGAAAGUGGAAGCCUAUCUUCUUAUAAGAAGUGGCCAUUUUUCUUUUUUCUGAAAAUAGAGUCGAGAAGAUGAAUUUAUAUUAAUUUAUUUAGGUUUACCCAAUUCUUUGUUUUUUUUCUUUUAUUCUUUUUAUUUUCUGCUUGGCCUCAGCUUCCUUUCUUCUGUCAUCUGCAGAACAACAUUGUUAAA